CGGAAGCAGUAAGUGACAGUAGCUAGCUGGAGCUCAAUGUGACAUUCUUCUGCGGUUGUUUCUGACCUGUUAUUUUAGAAUCAGAAUGUUUCUCACUGCGGUAAACCUUGCCAAGAGCAAAUCUAAGACGUUGCUGGUUCAGAUGGUAAGUGCAGCUGGCACAGGUCACUGUUUCAACACAAAGAGAGGUCGAUUAAGAGAGAAACUGGUUUUGCGAAAGCAUGACCCAGUAGUAAACAAACAUGUUUUGUUUUUUGAGAAGAGGAAGAUCCGCUCACUUUAAACAUGGGAAGAACUCUUUUGAAACAGACACAAAAUGACAGUCCAUUUGCGUCGUGUCAAACUGUAGACAUGAAACAGACCCUACAGUGAGGCGAUCAAGAUCUAAACCUCCAAGAAGAAAGAUUUGAAGAUCUGAGUGGAAUUUGUGGACCCCACACCACUGCAACUAUGGAUGACUGGCUCAUUGUAAAGGGACCAGAAAGUAGUUGUACAUCCUGUUAGAAUAAUGUACUGUUCAACUGACAAUUAUGUAAAAUUUGUUUCUUUUCUUUUUGGACUAAAGGCAAAAAAAAAAAAAAGAAAGAAAAAAGAAAACCUUUUGCAAACAAUGUACCACCUACACAAUGAUGGAUCAUUUUAGGCUGAAGUGGAUUUGUGAUAUUAGCCUGUAAAAUUUAUUUGUGAGAAAAUCAGUAUAUAUAAGUGUGUUGCCAUGCUAAAAAUAACAUAAAUUCAAACAUAACAA